AUGCCGAACCGAGCAGACCGCUGUGAAGAUGUGAAGGGUGUGGCGGAUCGUCGUCCGGCAGAGCUUGCUCUGUCGGCGACCCCAUCCGGCCCCCCAACGGCAACAACCCGGCAGAUGGACAUGGACCACGAGUCGGACAGCUCUACGGACCGGCGCAGUCGUUAUGCGACCUCAGCCACGGCUGAGGCAGCGAGUGGUUCGGCGGACGGCUUGUCGGCGGGGCCUGCCCCGUCGGCGGCCGCUAACCGCCGGCCACCUACGACUGUCCGGCCCAGCAGGAACGGAGAUACGCAGAGGAGCCGACGGGCAUUUUCGGCGGAUGGGGGCUUGCCCCUGCACGCCUACGCCCGCGUACUUGACGUUGGCGGCCCGUCGGCGUCGUCCUGCGCUACCAAGGAAAACAGCAGCGCGGCCACAGUGCUGGCCGUUCAGCAAACGAGGGCCGAAACGGAUGCUUCGGCAACUGUUCCGGAGCAAACCAAGUCACUGGCGCCAGUGGCUUCAAUGGAUGCAGCGCAUACGCCGGAGGCAGAAAGGCAGCUUGCCUUCCUGAUGGGAAUCAUCCCAGGCACAAAACCGGCAGCUGAAACCAUGGAGGUGGAAAAGCACUCGCGCAAGCGGCCUGCCGACGCGAGUGCUGCCACCACCUGCAAGAGGUCUGCCACUAGCUCGAACAGCAGCGCACCCACGCUCCGCACACAGCGGAAAGCAUCGAGGAAGGGUAACAAGACCCUUCCCCCGGCCGCUGACGAUGAGGGCUUCACACAGCCCUCCCGCAAGCACACAGCCAGAGCUGUCGUGCUCGCCCAACAGUCGGCCAUCAACACCGGCAACCGGUACUCCGGCCUCUCAAAUGACGCUGGAGAGCCCAUGGAGAGCCAACAGCAGAGGAAGUCGCCCCCACCGCCCCCUGUGGUCAUCAAGUGGACCGGCGGCUUCAAAGAGUUCCGAGAGAAAAUCAAAGCGGCACCCGCCAAGUCAACUGAGCAGCGUCCUGCCGACGCCGCCGUCGAACGGGGGCGUGGCAACCAGUCCGAGCCUGCUCCAGAGGCGGUAGUCGCUCACGGGCGCGGACCGCCGAGAGAGCAGCCUGCAACAGCGAGGGGCGGCCGCCGGCGCGGUCGGCGGAGGGAGCGUCCUGCCCGAGAGACGCCAGCUCCACAGCCUGCUGUUCGAGACCAGGCAGCGGCACCACCCCCAGGCACUGACAGGACUUCUGCAGCGAGUGUCGCGGAAGAAGUCAGGGCCAUGAGGGAGGACUUCAAGCUGUUCCUGACACAACUUCCGCAGAUGAUUGCAGCUGCUGUACAGGUUGAUACAUUGUUAAAACGCAACCGGUUCAGCGGCGUGCAGCUGGCAGGCUGGCCCAUUAGACGGGCGGGCUUCUGGGGAACAUUAUCACCACCAGCUGGAACUCUAAGCAUGCUGCAGCCUCUGCCACCUCCAUUGCUGGGGCCUGUGAGGUCAUCAUAUCUGACGCCUCUGCUGAUGUUUCUGGCACCGACUGCUGACCCUGAUGAGAACGUCGUCACUAUGGUGACGCUGUCCCCAGUCCUGCCCUGUGGCUUCUCAUGA